AAAAAAAGCCCACAUUAUAUCUCUCUAUCUAUCUCUCUCUCUCUCUCUCUCGGCGAAAAAUGGCGUCGGUGGCAACAUCGCCGAUUUCCUUCGCCGCUUCUUUCCUCAGAAUCAAAGCAUUCCCUCUCUCUCCUCGCUUCUUCCCCAUCCGUACACUCCGUUGCUCUCUCUCCUCCUCCUCCUCCUCUGAGCCUCUCGAGUUCGACAUCACCUUCGCACCUCCUAAACCCACACCUUCCUCCACUCGCGGCGGCGCCGGCGUCCAGCAGCUCUUCAUCCCUUGGAUCGUCCGUGGCGAAGACGGCAAACUCAAAGUCCAGUCUCAACCUCCAGCUCGUUUAAUCCACGCUCUCGCCGAUGCCACCACUCAGAACCCGAAGAAGAAAGACAAGUCCAAGAAGAAGAAGCCACAAUCCACCUCCGCCUCCACACCCUCCUCUCCGGCUUCACACUCCAAGCCAAAGCUCUCCAAGGCGGCGCGUAGGUUCUACAAUGAGAAUUUCAAGGAUCCUCCUCAGCGUUUGAGCAAGGUUCUCGCUGCUGCUGGAGUGGCAUCGAGAAGAACCUCUGAAGAGCUGAUUUUUGAUGGAAAGGUUACUGUCAAUGGUUCUCUCUGCACCGCUCCACAGAUUCGAGUCGAUCCAACGAGAGACAUUAUUUAUGUUAAUGGGAAUCGUAUCCCCAAGAAACUUCCUCCAAAGGUUUAUUUUGCUCUGAACAAGCCAAAAGGAUACAUCUGUUCUUCCGGAGAGAAAGAAGUCAAAUCUGUUAUUAGUUUGUUUGACGAUUUCUUGGCCAGUUGGGAUAAAAGGAAUCCAGGGACCCCUAAACCUCGGCUUUUUACCGUUGGUCGUCUUGACGUUGCCACAACGGGUUUGAUAGUAGUUACAAAUGAUGGAGACUUUGCACAGAAACUUUCACAUCCUUCAUCUAGUUUACCGAAAGAAUAUAUUACUACGGUUGUGGGUGAUGUACACAAACGGCACUUAAUGACCAUAAGCGAAGGGACAAUUGUGGAAGGAGUCCACUGUGUCCCAGAUUCAGUUGAGUUGAUGCCAAAGCAGCAUGAUAUACCAAGAGCACGGCUACGUAUUGUGGUUCAUGAAGGGAGGAACCAUGAAGUAAGAGAAAUAGUGAAAAAUGCUGGGCUUGAGGUUCACUCAUUAAAGCGUGUCCGUAUAGGUGGAUUCAGGCUUCCUUCAGAUCUUGGGCUAGGAAAGCAUGUGGAGUUGAAGCAGAGCGAGCUAAAGGCAAUGGGUUGGAAGAGUUGAAGAUGUACAUUUCUGCCUACUACUCAUCAGACUAGUGGCAACUGACCUAUUGUCUAUUCUUCGAUUUUGUAUUUGUUGUUCAGUUACAUCUUAGUCGUAGGGUGACUCUUCUUCUUUGUUUUCUCAUAUAUAGGAAAAAAUUUAAUUACAAACAAAAGCAGAAAAACUAUAUAUUUCUAUUGAUUAUAUCUUCUCCUUUUUCCA